UGUUUUUGCGCUGUUUCCGGAUCCUAAAUCCUAAAAGGAGGCGUUUUGGAGAAAAUGUCCCAUCGACAUCCCAUCCCGCUAAAUCCAAGUUUCCUGCCUCCGGCGACGCACGGAGUGCUCAAGUCUCUGCUGGAGAACCCGAUGAAGCUGCCGCUGCAUCAUGAAGCUUUCACCAAGGAGCAGGAGAAGGAGAAGAACCUGGAGGAGGAGCACAACACCCCCCAGUCAGCCUUCCUGGGCCCCACGCUUUGGGACAAGACCUUGCCCUACGAUGGGGACACCUUCCAGCUGGAGUACAUGGACCUGGAAGAGUUCCUGUCUGAGAACGGCAUCCCCUCCAGCCCCUCGCAGCACCACCACCACCACCACCACCACCACCAUGACCAGCACCAACCACGCGUUCCGGCGCGCCAGCCGCCGAUCAUGCCCCCAGCCCCGUCCACGCCGGCGCCAUCAGUGAUGGACCUAAGCAACCACGCCUCCACCUCCGUAAACACUAGUGUCGUCUCCCCAAACUGCUUGCACAGCAGCCCGGCAAGAGCAGGUCUCCCAAACUCCAGAAACACUCCCAGCCCCAUCGACCCAGACUCCAUCCAGGUCCCUGUCGGGUACGAGCCCGACCCAGCGGACCUGGCACUGUCCAGCGUCCCAGGUCAGGAGAUCUUCGACCCGCGCAAACGCAAGUUCUCGGCUGAGGAGCUGAAACCGCAGCCGAUGAUCAAGAAAGCUCGCAAGGUCUUCAUCCCAGAGGACCUGAAGCAGGACGACAAAUACUGGGCCAGGCGCAGGAAGAACAACUUGGCAGCCAAACGUUCCCGGGACGCGAGGAGGCUCAAAGAGAACCAGAUCGCCAUCCGAGCCGGCUUCCUGGAGAAGGAGAACUCGGCACUGAGGCAGGAGGUGGCCGACCUGAGGAAAGAGCUCGGACGCACAAAGAACAUGCUGGCCAAGUAUGAGGCACAGCACGGGCCGCUGUGAGGGCACACACAGAAAAACAUAUAUAUAUAUACAUGUACACACACACACACACACACACACACACACACACUCUCAGAAUGAUGACCCUGCCUUCUCCUGACCUUUCACCUCAUCUCCACAAACACAGUCAAGGGUUGAAAAAAAACACUCAAAAUAUAUUUCAACUUUUCAUCAUCUGACUUUGACCAUGGACAAAUGAGAUAAUUAAAUAUUUUUAAAUGCACAAUCCAACAAAUCAAACACAUGAAAACCAACAGUGUGUUAGUCCGUCUCUCAACAUCUUCCCUACUCCGUUUGUGGCUCUGAACUCAUUGGUUCCUACUGAAUGUGAAUCUUUAAAAACGCCUCAAAAAUACAUUUAAAUAUAAAA